AUGUCGUACGGAGGUGGCUACUCUCGCGGUGGCGGCGGUGGUGGUGAUUCCUACCGCUCCCGUGGAGGUGACAACGGCGGCUACUCUAACGGUGGCUACGGCGGUGGCCGUGGAGGUGGUAGCGGCGGUUACGGCGGUGGCUACGGCGGCGGUGGUGGUUACGGUGGUGGUGGUGGUGGUUAUGGCGGUGGUGCCGGCGGUGAUCGCAUGAACAACCUCGGCGCUGGCCUGAAGACCCAAGACUGGGAUCCCAGCACCAUGCCCAAGUUCGAGAAGUCAUUCUACAAGGAGCAUCCUGAUGUCACUGCGCGCUCUGAGGAAGAUAUUCAAGCCUUCCGCAAGGAGAAGGAGAUGGCUGUUCAGGGUACCAACGUGCCCCGUCCCGUCAAGACCUUCGACGAGGCUGGUUUCCCUGCUUACGUCCUGUCCGAGGUUAAGGCCCAGGGCUUCGAAGCUCCUACUGCUAUCCAGUCCCAGGGUUGGCCUAUGGCUCUCUCCGGCCGCGAUGUUGUGGGUAUUGCCGAGACUGGUUCCGGCAAGACUCUGAGUUACUGUCUCCCUGCUAUCGUUCACAUCAACGCUCAGCCUCUCCUCGCCCCCGGCGAUGGUCCUAUUGUUCUUGUUCUGGCUCCUACUCGUGAGUUGGCUGUCCAGAUUCAGGCCGAGAUUACCAAGUUUGGAAAGUCCUCCCGUAUCCGCAACACCUGUGUCUACGGUGGUGUCCCCAAGGGUCCUCAGAUUCGUGACCUGUCUCGCGGUGUUGAGGUUUGCAUUGCUACUCCCGGCCGUCUGAUCGAUAUGCUCGAGGCUGGUCGCACCAACCUUCGUCGUGUCACUUAUCUCGUUCUUGACGAGGCUGAUCGUAUGCUCGAUAUGGGUUUCGAGCCCCAAAUUCGCAAGAUCAUUGGCCAGAUUCGUCCUGAUCGUCAGACUUGCAUGUGGUCCGCCACCUGGCCCAAGGAAGUUCGUCAGCUCGCUUCUGAUUUCCUCAGCGACUACAUUCAAGUCAACGUUGGUUCCACCGACCUCUCCGCCAACCACCGCAUCACACAGAUUGUCGAGGUCGUUUCCGACUUCGAGAAGCGCGACAAGAUGAUCAAGCAUCUUGAGAAGAUCAUGGAGGACCGCUCCAACAAGUGCAUCAUUUUCACUGGCACCAAGCGUGUUGCAGAUGAGAUUACCCGAUUCCUUCGCCAGGAUGGCUGGCCUGCGCUUUCCAUCCACGGUGACAAGCAGCAAAACGAGCGUGACUGGGUCUUGAACGAAUUCAAGCAGGGCAAGAGCCCCAUCAUGGUGGCCACUGACGUGGCUUCGCGUGGUAUUGAUGUGCGCGAUAUCACUCACGUGCUCAACUAUGAUUACCCCAACAACUCGGAGGACUAUGUCCACCGUAUUGGUCGUACCGCUCGUGCCGGUGCCAAGGGUACCGCCAUUACUUUCUUCACCACUGACAACUCUAAGCAGGCUCGUGACUUGGUUACUAUCCUCACCGAAGCUAAGCAGCAGGUCGACCCCCGUCUUGCCGAGAUGGUUCGCUACGGUGGCGGCGGCGGUGGUGGUCGCUGGGGUGGCCGUGGACGCGGUGGUGGUCGUGGACGUGGUGGCUACGGCGGCGGCGGUGGUUUCACUGCUUCCAACGCUGCUCCCGUCGGCGGCAACCGCCGUUGGUAG